AUUUUUCUUAUAUUCUAAACAUAACCUACUUAUUACUAUAAAUAACAACACAUUUUCUCACAAAAAUAAUAGACUCCUGGUACAGAAACCAACGGCAAUCACAGCUUGUUUCUUCAUCCAGCAACGACUUUUCUUCCCUUGGUUCAUCUCCAAUUUUUUUGGGUAUUAAUAUUAAUUCAUCAGAUAAUCACGAAAUUUUUUAAAAUAUUUAUUAUUCUUUAGUUUUGCACAUAUUUUUGUAAAAUUAUUAAGUUGGGUUUGGAUCGGGAUAAGAAAUGGAGAUGAGCAGUGCAGCAGAGCUGUACAGAGCAGCAAGUGCAAGAAUAGGAGGAUCAGGUGCAUCUGCAGUGUGGAGAAACAGUGGAAGGGAAGUGUUUUCGACGUCAACUCGAGAUGAAGAUGAUGAAGAAGCACUUAAAUGGGCAGCACUUGAAAAGUUGCCUACUUAUAAUCGAGUUAGGAAAGGUAUUCUAACUGAUAUGGCUGGUCCUGCUAAGGAAAUUGAUGUUGAUCGCCUUGGUUUUGAUGAAAAGAAACAGCUUUUAGAAAGACUUGUUAAGAUUGCUGAGGAAGAUAAUGAAAAAUUCUUGCGUAAACUCCGACAACGUAUUGAUAGAGUUGGAAUUGAAAUCCCAACAAUUGAGGUGAGGUAUGAACAUAUGAAUGUUGAAGCACAAAUUUUAGUGGGAAGCAGAGGUUUACCUUCUGUAUUGAACUUCUUCACCAACACAAUAGAGGGUUUCUUGAAUCUUCUACACAUUCUCCCUGAUAGAAGAAAACCAUUCACAAUUCUUCAUGAUGUUAAUGGAAGCAUCAAGCCUGGCAGGUUGACAUUACUUCUUGGUCCUCCUGGUUCUGGAAAGACAACAUUGCUCUUGGCAUUGGCUGGUAAACUUGACAAAGAUCUUAAGUUUGGAGGAAAUGUUACCUACAAUGGACAUAGCAUGAAUGAGUUUGUUCCACAAAGAAGUUCAGCAUAUAUCAGUCAACAUGAUGUGCACAUUGGAGAAAUGACAGUUAGAGAAACGAUGGCCUUUUCAGCAAGAGUUCAAGGGGUUGGAACCAAUUAUGAUAUGUUGGUUGAAUUAUCAAGAAGAGAGAAGGCUGCUAACAUUAAGCCUGAUGUUGAUGUUGAUGUCUAUAUGAAAGCUGCAGCAAUGGAAGGGCAGGAGGCCAGUGUAGUUACUGACUACAUUCUUAAGAUUUUGGGACUUGAUAUUUGUGCUGAUGCAAUGGUUGGAAAUGAAAUGAUUAGAGGUAUUUCGGGAGGACAGAAAAAACGUCUUACUACUGGGGAAAUGCUGGUUGGCCCAGCAAAGGCACUGUUUAUGGAUGAAAUAUCAACUGGUCUUGAUAGUUCUACAACCUAUCAGAUUGUAAACUCAAUCAGGCAAUCCAUCCAUAUACUCAAAGGGACUGCUGUAAUAUCUCUACUCCAACCUGCUCCUGAAACAUAUGAUCUCUUUGACGAUAUAAUACUUCUAGCGGAUGGGCAAAUCGUGUAUCAAGGUCCUCGAGAACAUGUUCUUGAGUUCUUUGAAUCCAUGGGUUUCAGAUGUCCGGAGAGGAAGGGGGUUGCUGACUUUUUACAAGAAGUGACGUCAAGGAAAGAUCAAGCGCAAUAUUGGUACCGUGGGAAUGAGCCUUAUAGAUUUGUUACCGUUAAGGAGUUUGUAGAAGCUUUUCAAUCAUUCCAUGUGGGUAGGAAACUUUCUAGUGAGCUUUCUGUUCCGUUUGACAAGUCAAAAAGCCAUCCUGCUGCAUUAACAACCGAGACUUAUGGACUUGGUAAAAAAGAUUUGCUCAAAGCAUGCUUGUCUCGAGAAGCAUUGCUGAUGAAGAGAAACUCAUUUGUCUAUGUCUUUAAGGCGAUUCAACUCAUGAUAACUGCACUUAUCACUGCAACAGUGUUCUGGAGAACUCAUAUGCAUAAGAGAAAUUUGGCGGAUGGAAACAUUUUCAUGGGUUCUCUCUUCUUUGCUGAAAUUACUAUCCUUUUCAAUGGUUUUGCCGAGCUUGCAUUAACAAUAGCAAGGCUUCCAGUCUUCUAUAAGCAAAGAGAUUUGCGGUUCUUCCCAGCAUGGGCAUACGCCAUACCAGCAUGGAUUCUUAAUCUACCCAUAGCUAUUAUAGAAACAGCCAUUUGGUCUGGAAUCACUUACUAUGUCAUUGGCUAUGACUCCAAUGUGGGAAGGUUUUUCAAACAAUAUCUUGUCCUAUUAUGUCUUCACCUGAUGGCUUCCGCGCUUUUCAGAGUGAAUGCAGGACUCGGAAGAAACCAAAUUUUGGCCAACUCAUUUGGCACUGGUGCCGUGGUUAUGUUGUUAGUGUUGGGUGGAUACCUGAUAUCUCGAAAAACCAUUAAGCAUUGGUGGAUAUGGGGUUAUUGGAUCUCUCCAUUGCAAUACACCCAGAAUGCACUCGCAGUAAAUGAAUUCCUAGGCCAUAGUUGGAGCAAAGGAAAUUUAGGAAUAGCUGUUUUGAAGGCUCGUGGGGUAUUUGCACAUUCUUAUUGGUUUUGGAUUGGACUUGGAGGUCUAGUGGGAUACAUUUUCUUGUUGAAUGGAGUAUAUACAUUGACUUUGGCAUUUUUAAAUCCAAUUGGUAAGCCUCAGGCUAUGUUAUCCGAGGAGGAUAUGGAAGAAAAAGAAGCUAAUUUAGCUGGUCGAGCUAUAGAAAUGUCAUCUAGCAAGAGGAGAUCCUCUCGUUCACAACGAGGAGUUAUUCAAGAACAAGGUAAUGGUAAUGGAGAAAGAGGGAUGGUUCUACCUUUUCAACCUCUUUCUGUUACCUUCGAUGAAAUGAGAUACUCAGUAGAUAUGCCUGCGGAAAUGAAAGCACAAGGUGUUGUCGAGGAUAGACUAGAACUACUAAAGGGUGUGAGUGGUGCUUUUAGGCCCGGAGUGUUGACAGCACUUAUGGGUGUUAGUGGUGCUGGAAAGACCACUCUUAUGGAUGUGCUUGCUGGGAGGAAAACCGGGGGAUACAUUGAUGGUGAUAUUAGAAUAUCGGGCUACCCAAAGAAUCAAGAAACUUUUGCCCGAGUUUCAGGAUAUUGUGAGCAGGCUGAUAUCCACUCUCCUCAUGUCACCGUUGAAGAAUCCCUGAUGUUUUCAGCAUGGCUUCGGUUAUCCUCUGAUGUUUCCGAAGAAAAGAGAAAGCUGUUUGUGGAAGACGUGAUGGAACUUGUAGAGCUAGAUUCUAUUAGGCAUGCACUCGUAGGACUUCCUGGAGUGAAUGGUCUAUCAACUGAACAGAGGAAGAGGUUAACUAUUGCGGUUGAGCUUGUGGCCAAUCCUUCUAUAAUCUUCAUGGAUGAACCAACAUCUGGACUUGAUGCUAGAGCUGCUGCAAUCGUUAUGAGAACUGUUAGAAACACAGUUAAUACAGGACGAACAGUGGUUUGCACUAUUCAUCAGCCUAGCAUUGACAUUUUUGACGCUUUUGAUGAGUUGCUACUGCUAAAGAGAGGUGGACAACAAAUCUAUUUUGGUCCGAUAGGUCGCCAUGGUGUGCAACUUAUCAAAUACUUUGAGGGAAUCAAUGGUAUUCAGAAGAUCAAAGAGUCCUACAACCCAGCAACUUGGAUGUUGGAAGUUUCAUCUAUAGCUCAAGAAAGUGCUCUUGGAGUUGAUUUUUCAGAAAUUUACAAAAAUUCAGAUCUCUACAGGAGAAGCAAAGCACUGAUAACAGAACUAAGUGUGCCUGCUCCGGGAUCAAAAGAUUUAUACUUCCCAACUCAAUAUUCACAGUCCUCUGUGAAUCAGUUUUUGGCUUGUAUAUGGAAACUGCAUUGCUCAUAUUGGCGAAACACCAUGUACACCGCAUUGAGGCUCCUCUUCGCAGCCCUUGUUGGGGUUGUAUUUGGGUCCAUUUUCUGGAGGAUCGGAAAACACAGACAUACGCAGCAAGAUCUUUUCAAUGCAAUGGGUUCUAUGUACAUCGCAGUUCUUUUCCUCGGUAUCCAAAACGCCAUGGGAGUUCAGCCAGUUGUGUUUGUCGAAAGAACAGUCUUUUACAGAGAAAGGGCGGCAGGAAUGUAUUCUGCUUUGCCUUAUGCCUUUGCGCAGGUUCUUAUUGAACUUCCUUACAACUUAUUACAAACAAUCUUUUAUGGUGUGGUGGUGUAUGCCAUGGUGGGAUUCGAGUGGACAGCAGCCAAGUUCUUUUGGUAUUUCUUCUUCAUGUACUUUACCUUGCUGUACUUCACAUACUACGGUAUGAUGUGCGUUGGUCUAACCCCAAAUGCAAGUGUAUCCGCCAUCAUUUCGUCCGCGUUCUACAGUAUAUGGAACCUUUUUGCUGGAUUCCUCAUCCCAAGACCUAGAAUCCCAAUAUGGUGGAGAUGGUACUACUGGGCAUGCCCCAUAGCAUGGAGUUUGUAUGGAUUACUAAUCACACAAUAUGGUGAUUAUGAUGGUCCCACAGAUAUUCUCACAGAUGUUGAUGGAAAUCCAACCGUUAAGGAGUUUUUACGUAGCUAUUUUGGUUAUAAGAAGGACUUCUUGGGAGCUGUUGUUGGAGUAAUACUUGGUCUAAAUGUUUUGUUUGCUGUGAUUUAUGCUUAUGCUAUUAAGACCCUCAACUUCCAGAGAAGAUGAUGAAUCCAUCUUAUAUGUUGAAGAAGCGCCAUUUCAUUCA